AUGACGGAAAAAUUAAAGGAUUAUCAAGUUCUCGAUGUUCUCUGCGGCGGCACAUUCUAUAAAGUUAAACACAAGAUCAGCAACAACAUAUUUGCGUGGAAGGCUUACGAUUGUACCGCGUACUCCGAUGAACAAAUACAAAAUAUCGUAAAUGAAGUGAAAACAAUAAGUAAAGUGUUAUCUGGCAACUUGCUACGCUACUAUGAUACAAUUCUCCACAACGCGUCCAAGACUCUGUACUUUGUCCUCGAAUACAACUCCUGGCAAAGCGUACAGGAACUGAUCACCGUUUGCAAGGCCACCGAUAAGUAUUUCUCAGAGAGUUUCAUAUGGUAUUUGCUUCUUGAGCUCGCACGAGCUUGUAAGGUUGUAGAAAAUUUGAACUUCGCAGUUAUACGGAAAUGCAUAACGCCUACCACUAUUUACGUAGACGGAAGCGGAGAAGUGCGCGUAGACUGUUUCCAGUUGCAAACUACAAUUACGGGAUCAUCAGACCUCAUGCAACAGAUUGGAGACGUAAUACAUACGCUGUGCUAUCGUCCAGAAACUAUUGAAAAUAAAAUUAAAGAGUUCCACUACAGUGAUGAUCUUAGGGAUGUUGUCUCUUUCCUUACUGAUGAAAGAAGCUCCGGUUUGCGUCCCGAAGUGGUUAUUUACCAUCCAACAAUCUUAUCAAACCUAGAAACCAAUUCAAAGCCGAAACAUUUGGCUGAAAUUCUGGUGUCAAGUGAGUACUCUCAACAGAAAUCAGAAUUAAACAAAUGCGAUUCUGAAAAGUUUGUGGAGAAGUGUAGGACUAUCAAACGUUUACCAAGGACCCAGUUUAACAUUAUAGAUAGUCCAGUAUAUUCAAAUAUUUGCCCAAAGCAGAAACCGAAUAAAGAAAUUGAAGGCUCCAACUUAGAAAAAAGUUCUUUAUCACCAACAUUGCAAGCUUUGGCUUUAGAACUACCGGGGUAUGUACCUCGCUGUAGAAAACCUUACAGUGAGGUUAUAGGCACAUUCAACAAUGCUCAAAAAGUAUCAGAGGAGACAUUAAGUCACCAGUGGAUGUCUCGAUUAAUAGCAUUGAGAGAAAGGGAAGAAUCACUGAAUAAAAGGGAGAGGAAGCUCGUUGUAAAAGAAAUCAUAAACAGUCCCGCCACAAAGCUUGUUUCCAAUGAAGAUUCAGAUGUUUGUGAAAGCAAUGGUAUUACAUUGCCUCCAGUUGUUGCAAGUGCUGAGAAGAAUCGUUGGAAAUCGCGUCGUCGUCGUCGCCGAUCAGGCUCAGUGCGAACUAGGGCACGUAGACAAAGCUACAGCUAUGAAGAUUUAGACAGCUCAUUAUCAGCAGACACUGGGGAUGGGAGUAUCAUAGUCACAGCUACAAAGUUCACUACAGAGAACAUGCCUCGUCGCAAUAUAUUUCCUGAUAUGCCAUCGAAAAAAGUGCACUUUACACCUGUUAAUCCUUUCAUUGGAAGUGAUGAGAGUGUAACAUUAACAUUUUAUGAGUUGGACAAUUUGGAUAACGUAGAAAAUCAAAGUUCAACACAGAGUGAAAAAGCUGUAAAGGAUAUUACAAAAUUCAAGUACUUAGAUCUUGAAAAUGCUAUAUCUGAGAAGAGAGCAGCUACACAGUGGUCUCACUCAUCACCAUCUAAGCAGGCUAAAGUGUUUGCGGACAUAACAAAUCAUAGCAGCUUAAGAAAAACACCAUCAAAGAGUAGUCUAACAUCCAGAAGUUCAAUAACUUCAAGAUGUUCCAUGAUGUCGGCCAGGAGUCAUUGGAGUAUGGAUUCUAGUAGCGGCAAGGUGAGUGAGGGAUAUGUUUCUGAUAGAACUCGAUCCAGUAUGAGGCAAUGCUUCCCCCAAACUCCAACUGCACCUCCAGAGUUAAAGAAAACUAAGAGCAGGAAAUCUCUGAUACAUUUUAAAACUCCUUUCAAGUUUAAAUCAUCUACUAAGGUUUGA